AUGACCAACUCGUUCUCCAAACCGAUGACAGCUGAGCAAGAGCGUACUCUUCAGAAGAGCUCGCUCAUGCCGUACCCUGUGGUGCAAGACGCAACGGAGCGCAAGAUCGAAAAUUUCAAGUACGCUAUGGGAGCACAGUCCGGGUAUUUUUCUCAUUGGCUUCUUCGAAGAGCUGGACCUCCAGCAGACAUGAUCGCUCAUGUCAUGGGAUACGCGAAAACGGUUGCAGACUUGGCUCUGUCUCACGAGCAACAAGGAGCGCUGUAUCGCAAGUGUCUGACGGACACAGCUCUCACGGCCUAUGACAAAGCCGUGACGAAGUACCGUGCAAGCAUCGCUGCUGUGCCGGCACAAGGUGCUGAACCUGCACGAAUGGCAAUCGAUUUCAAUAUCGAACAAUGCCUCAAGGCCUUCAUUGGGUCCCGAACAACGGAGGUUGCUCGCUACAACCAUGUUGAAGGGCUUAAGGUUCAACGUAAACCACGUAAAGUGGAGUGUCACGAAUGGGAGGACAACUACUUGGUCGCUGUCGAAGCAGCCAAUUGGUUGCGUGGAACGCAUCCCAUUCCUGAUGGAGCGCCUUUGCUCCGACACUACUUGGAUUCUUAUCCAGUCGCGUGGGUCACGGAAUACGAAAAGAUCUGUGGCAAAACGCUAGACGACAAGGAAAUCGGUAACAUUACCGCGUUUAUGCAUGAUCGUGCAGUGGAAGCUGACUCAGCUGCACGGCGCAAUCAACACAAACAAAAGUCAACAGUGACAAAAGGCAAAUCGACCAGUCGCACUGCCAAGCACUACAAAGGUAGCAAUAGUUCCCGUAACUCGUCUUCGGGAACAAAAGGAAAUUUUAACCGCAUUUCCGACGACACUCCAUGCCCAGUGCAUCCAGAGUCGACGCACACUUGGGGAGAAUGUCGUACCAAUGCGUAUGGCAGUUACAAACGCAACAACAACAACAACAGUCGUGCUGCGCGUCCCAAGACGAAUGCUACCACCGGUAGUGGUAACAAGAAAAACGACGAACAAUACGCAUUGGAUGAAACGAGUCCAGGGUUCCAAAAUUCCAACAAUGGAGGUGGAUCCGAAGUUCGCUUCGAUCCAACCUUCAGCUGCAUCGAAGACGACAACAUCGCCAUCGCCUGGAAAGCUCUCUACGAGGACAAACCAGAGUAUGCGAGAGUGGCCUUUGCCACACGCAAGCGCUUCUAA